CAACAUUCUUGUGGAGAACUUGUCCUCCGACGAGCGCUCCUUCGCUCUGGUCGACUUCGGGCUCGCGGUGCCCGUGGAGCAGUGGGUGAAGGAGGGGGCUGGCAGCACCACGGCGCCGCCGGGGACUGCCGGUACUGGCCGCCGUCGGCUUGGCAGCACUUCCUGCGCGGUGUCUCCACCGUGGCCUCAGAUGAGGAGCUCUGCGGCGAGUACGAGGCCAUGGCCCGGGGAUUUCCAUUCCAUCGGCAUGACCGCCUUGCAGUUGUUCGUAGUCGCGUCUACACCCACGAGUUCUACAAAACCGUCGGAGGC